UAAAUACACUUUCUACAAAGAUCAACAAUAUUAAUAUAAUAAUACUCCACUAAUAAUAACUUGAAAUGAAAAAACACGAAAAUUUAUGUGAUAGGAUCAUCAACAACGUAAUUGCUUUUACAUAACUUGGCAGCAUCGCCAUAAAUUCUCCGCCAAGUCCAUCAUCUGAAUACUUUAUCACCUAAUCCAUUCAGACUCCCGCCACCCUAAUCCAUGACGGCGACACCCAAAACCCUCUCCAUCCUCCGCCGCUGCUCCGUUGCUCCUGCCAGCGACGCGGCGGAGCAACGCCUCCCUCUCACUUACUUCGACAUGCUCUGGCUCUACUUCCACCCCAUCGAGCGCCUCCUCUUCUACAAACACCCUUGCUCCGCCGCCGAUUUCACGAAAACCAUCGCCCCGCACCUCGAGAGCUCUCUUUCCCAAACGCUCCGCCACUACCUCCCUCUCGCCGGUAACUUACUCUACCCUCUCGAUUCCGGUAUGCCGGAGCUACGCUACUUCUCCGGCGAUUCAGUCGCUGUCACUUUCGCCGAAUCGAACAGAGAUCCUGCUGAUUUCGAUUAUCUCACCGGAAAUCAGCCGCGGGAAGCGGAUGAUUUCCACCUCUUCGUGCCUAAGCUGCCGGAAUCCACAACUGAUUCCGAAUCCGGAUGUAGAAAAUCUCCUCUACUAGCUAUCCAGGUCACGCAUUUUCCGGAGAUCGGGAUAGCUAUCGGCGUUACUAACCACCACGUCGCCGGAGAUGCGAGCUCCAUCGUCGGAUUCCUCAAAGCGUGGAGCUCAACAGCGAAACUCGGCGGAGAAGCCGAAUUCGCUCCUCCGUUUUACGACCGAUCGGUGCUGAAAGAUCCGACGGGGAGAACGGAGCUAUAUUGGAACCAAAUGCGCUCAUUAAAGUUCGGCGAAUCAAAGCCAGGAGCAAUCACCCCUACCAAUAAAGUCAGAGCAACGUUCAUUUUGCAGAAAACCGAUAUCGAGAAGCUGAAGAAGCCGGUGAUGGAGAGGGAACCGGAUUCCAAUUCCAUCCACAUCUCGUCGUUCACCGUGGCGACAGCCUAUUUCUGGUGGUGCACCGACCGAUCCGCGGCGGAGGCAGGGGAUCAGAUCGGCGACGAAGUUGCCGAAUACUUCGGGUUCGCGGCGGACGCGCGGAGCAGGACGGAUCCGCCGCUGGCGGCGGCGUAUUUCGGUAACUGCGUGGGAUUCGUGUUGGCGGAGUCGAGGCACGGGGUGAUAAAAGGGGAGGAGGGGUUCCUGGUGGCGGCGAAGGUGGUUGGACAGGUAAUUAGGGAUAAGGUGAAUAGGAAGGGGGAGCUGCUGAGCGAUGCGGACGAGUGGGUGGUGAAAUUCGGGCCGCUGUUGGGGAGUCGGGCGUUCGGGGUGGCGGGAUCGCCCAAGUUCGACGUGUACGGCGUGGAUUUCGGGUGGGGGAAGGCGGCGAAGUUUGAGUCGGUGUCGAUUGAUGGCGAUCCCAAUGCGUCCAUAUCGCUGUGCAAAUCUAGGGAUUUUGAGGGAGGACUGGAAUUGGGGGUUUCGAUGUCGAAGAGAGCCGUUGAUGCCUUUGCAACUGCCUUCUAUCAUGGAUUGAAGAAGACCCUCUAGUUCUAGUUCUAGUUCUCCAUUUAUGAAUUUCCACUUUUUCAACUGCUAGAUUAGAUUGUACCAUGUGUUUCAAUUUUCAUUUUUUAAUAAAAUACUGAUAAUUAUAUUUUGUGGA